GGCUCAGUCAGGCGGUGAACAAAACACUUUGUGAGCCGUCAACUUUAGUCUAAAGGGACUCUGGUCUCUGGGCGUCUCUGGUUUUAGCCAAGAGCUCUGCUGCUGAGCAAUGCGGAAGACAGACUGUCCCCGGAGGACAUGAGAGAACAUGAGAGCCCCUCUCACUAAUAUUUCGCCGAACUUCACUUCAGCACACUCAUAAGCGUCCAUUUACCGUAGUGUCCCGUUACACGAACAACUGGGAGCUAAGGAAGGGUUUGCUAGUCUUAGCCGAAGUGUUUGCUAGUUUUAGCGUCGUCGUUUAAGAGAACCGACAGCAUCGAUUCAUAACGUGUGAACUGACAGCAUCGAUUCAUAACGUUGUUGAAAUAGUUUGAUGACGGUCUGUAACAUUAGAGGAGAACUGUGCUUUCUGCUCAGUAGUUGGGACUUGUGUUUCCACUGGAGUUUUAGAAGUCAUUGCAUAUCUACGUUUGUUUCGGUCCAUAAAGGAGUAACUUUAGCGUACUGUGCAGGCCUACAGUAUAUUUUGAACCCUGGUUUGGAUGAAAAGAAAAGGCAGGAAAGCAUCAAAUCCUUGAUUUGUGACAUAAAAAGCCCAGGCACGCCACACCGGUCUCCACCUAAGUCUUAAUUUACUUCAACAAGCCCUGACAGACCCAUGCCAGAUUUGAACACACAGUAAAGGGCAUCGCUUCAACGCCUUCCAGGAAUCCUGAACAUCAGAGAGGAGGAAAGGUGUCUGAUUCUGUAGUCCCCACAAUCGCUUAGUGUUUGGAACCAUGUGGAACCCAGCGAACAGUAACGACCAGACGGGACAGGUGGCUGCCAGGAUGGAGACUACAUUGGGCAGUGCAAGCAUCUCCGUCUCCCAGCAGCAGGCACCCAAGAAAUUUGCCCCUGUGGUCGCACCCAAGCCCAAGUUCAACCCUUACAAACAAAUGGGAGAGCCCGCCCACUCUAACACUGCAGCGGACUACCCUCCCCCUCCACCACCUGCGGGAGAGUCAACUGGCUUCUCGACAUCCCCUGGUUCCUUCCCUCCUCCUCCAACGGUGAACUCAUUUGAUUAUCAGAUGAAAGGACCAGAGAAGACCCUGGAGGAGAGACGCUCCAGUCUGGACGCUGAGAUCGACUCCCUCACCAGCAUUCUGGCAGACCUGGAGAGCAGCUCGCCCUACAAGCCACGGAUCACUCAGAACUCUGGAUCCUCGGCAGCCUCCACCCCCAGCGCUCCAGUGACUGGCUACAAGCGAAUGGUCAUUCCAACCCAGCCGCCUCUGACUGCCACCCUGAAGUCUACGCCCAAACCUCAGGCUCCUGGGGGAGUCUCGUCCAUCCCCCCUUCCUCUGCCAGCCCCACCAAGCCUCAAAGCCACACAGCCCCUCAGCCUGUCCCGGCCUCCUACGCUACAGCUUCAACCCCGAGCCAGCCCACCUUCAAUGUCCAGGUGAGGUCGGCCCAGCCCGGCCCCCAGCAUCAAGCCCCAAUGGGGCACCAUUAUGGCCAGCAGCCCAUUCGCAGCCCUGCGCAGGUGCAGUACAUGCCUGCCCAGCCCAAAGGUCCCGACUUUGCCUAUGGACCACCACAGCCUGGCUUCUCCCAGAUGGCCCAGGGUGCAUAUCAAGAACAGCACCAUCCAGGAGUACCCCAAGUAGGUGGCUUAAGCUCCAGGAGACCUGAGCCGGUCCCCGCCCAAGCAUACCAACCUCCAGGCCCCAGAAAGACCUACAUCACAGAUGUACCACCAAGCUUGGUUCCCUACACUGCUGGACCAGCUGUUCCACCAAAGGGCAGUGCUCCCAUGGCCCACCCUGAGGAUGAGCUGGAGCGCCUGACCAAGAAGAUGCUGUUUGACAUGGACAACCCACCAUCUGAGGAAUAUUUUGGGCGCUGUGCCAGCUGUGGAGAGAACGUAGUAGGUGAAGGCACCGGCUGCACCGCCAUGGACCAGGUCUUCCAUGUCGACUGCUUCGUCUGCAUGACCUGCAGCACCAAGCUGCGUGGCAAGCCUUUCUACGCUGUGGAGAAGAAGGCGUACUGUGAGCCUUGCUAUAUUAACACCCUUGAGACCUGCACCAUCUGCAGUAAGCCCAUCAUGGAGCGCAUCCUGCGGGCUACCGGGAAAGCCUACCACCCUCACUGCUUCACCUGCGUGGUGUGCCACCGCAGCCUGGACGGCAUCCCCUUCACCGUGGACGCUUCCAACCACAUCCACUGCAUCGAGGACUUUCACAAGAAGUUCGCUCCACGCUGCUGUGUGUGUUCCGAGCCUAUAAUGCCAGCACCGGGCCAGGAGGAGACCGUCCGUAUUGUGGCCCUGGACCGCGACUUCCACGUGCAGUGUUACCGCUGUGAGGACUGUGGCUCUCUGCUCUCAGAGGGGGAUAACCAGGGCUGCUACCCUCUGGACGGACACGUUCUCUGCAAAAACUGUAACACCAGCCGCAUCCAGGACCUCACCGCCAAGGCCACCACUGACCUCUGAACAGCCCGCCGCCUGGUCACCUCCACUGUGAUAACCCAAUGCUUGCUUUCUCUUUCUCUCUCUCUCCCUCGCAAACAUAGCGAUCCACAGAAGCUUGCAUUCCUCAGCAUAUAUAUACACAGUAUAUCCCUCAAUAUAUAUAUUCACUUCAGUAACAAGCAUCACAUGUUCACCUGCAUACGUGUAUCUAUUGACUCGGUACAAUCACAGCAGAAGAGGCUGUGUGUUUUUUAACUGUUGUUAAAGGAAAAGUUCAACAUUUUGGGAAAUCCGCUCGUACACUGAGAGUUAUAUUAGAAGACUAAUGCCACUUUCAUAUAAUAUAGCACUUUGGACCUUGUUAAGAAAAGUGCCAUAUAAAUAAAGUUUCUUAUAUUAUUAUUAUGUCAGUAGGCUAAAUAUAGAGCUACACUCAGCAGGUGGAUAGCUUAGCUUAGGAUCAAAACUAGAAACAACUAGCAUUGCUCGGUCCAAAGAUCACUAAUUAACAGGGUGGAUGCCAUUUGCGGUGUCAAAGAGGUUGUUGGCGGCUUCUGGUGAAGAAAUGGUAAAGUAAAGCAGCAACUUGUCUCUUUUCAACUUCUAUUUUUGUACAGAUUUAAAAAACAAAGUAAGAUGUAACAUGUUACUUAGUGAGCUUUAGAGGUGCUGGUAGGCGCUGUUUGUUACCUCCGACAGAGCCAGGCUAGCUGUUUUCCCCGUCCCCAGUCUUUAUGCUAAGCUAGGCUAAGGAUGUAGCCAUGUAAAUCAAAUAGGAGUAGAAGGGUCAUUGAACUGUUUGCUGUGGUAAUUUGACUAGCACAAACGAAAAUGGCGAUUGUUGUUAGUUGUUAUAGUGACAACAGAACCCACGUCAGUGGGGCCAUAAAGUGUGCUCGUAGCUCGCCCGAAAGAGAACGGACUCUUGGCUGGCUAGUUAGCUGGGUAACUUGUCCCCAGGCUGAGGGACCGUUAUGACCCAGCACUGCCGCUGGCCACCAGCCCGCUGUUCGGCUCAUUUUCCCUAAUCGGUGCAGCACCAAAGCCUGAUGGAACAAGCCCAAGAGCUAACCAGCCGGCUGUCCGCCAGCUAGUUAGCUAUCUUUCUAAUUCCAGCAUGCUUCAAUGCCACGCUGCUUACAGAAAACCAGCUGAACAAAGUUGUCACUCAUUUGGCGAUAUCAUUGUGCUUUCCUCCACUGUGACAAGAGUGUGUGGAUGAAGCAUUAAGUUGUUCAAUGUGACUCAUUUACAUGUUUUAUGUGCCUCGUAACAUUCCUACUCCACUGCUUGUUUAGUCGUCAUUACUGAAAAACGUCACCUCAGUGAGUCCGCCACUCGCCGCAAGUUUGUUUAGUUUAUGCGGAAGUUAGCUCGCUUUGAAUCGCCACGGUCGCUAUGGCAUUGGCACACACAAAAAUGGCCGCUGCUCUGACCAUCCUGCUACAUUGAUUUGAAUGGGAAUUUCCGUUCCACUCCUGUAUUCUAUUUCUAUGGAUGUAGCCAUAUAUUGACCGUACAGAUUUCAAUCUUCUAAUCUAACUCUCUACAAUAAAGGAAAUAAGCAUAUUUCCCAAAAUGUUAAACUAUUGCUUAAAAUCAUUCCAAAUCCAUCAGUUAAAGGUUACCAUAUACAUCAUCACUCAGUGUUAUUAUCUCAUAUCAUAAUCAUCGCCAACUGGCAUGUUCUAGCCAGGGUGCGCAUGUACACAUGCAAGCCCAAAUUUUUCUUGCUGACCGGUUCUUUGGAUCUAAAAUGGAGUCAGAAUGUAGAUGGAUGGAUGUGUGUAUGACUGCAUCAGUAUUUAGAAAAACCAUGUGCACACAGUGUAUUGGUGAGGAUGUUCUUUUUAUUCUAGUGUUUGUUACAAUGCAGAUCACAGACGGUACACCAAUAGGGAUAACAAUACAUACUGAGGCUCAUUAUUACAAAAGAGUUCUGAAUAACUGAACACCAAAGAAUUGAACGGCCAUAUUUACUGUGUACAUAUUUUGUAUGCAACUAUAUUAGACGUUAUUUACGUUAUAUUGAUCGGGACCACAGGAAUCACAAAUAGCGGUUCUCAGUGUCAAAGACAAAACCCUCAAUUGAAUGCAAUUCCCUUUUUAACUGAAUAUUUUCUUUGUACUUUCCAAUCAAAUUUGCUUUUAUGUAUAGCCUACAAUAGAUGAUUUCUGUUGGCCUGAACAGCACAAUCAUGGCACUCCAUUCAUAUAGAUACGGCCUAAUAUUUGAGUUUAAUUAUAUCGUUUUUGAGCAGAUAAAUAUGUAACUCUUUCUCUCAUUUACAGCAACAUAGAUUAGGUUAGUAAUUGUACUGUAAGCAGUCUGGUAGAGAUAAUAGAUUAGAGAUGGCUAUGCAAUUUUUUUAUGUUAAUUGCAUCGACACUUUAUGAGAAAUUUUAUGGAUAAGGAAAUAUUUUACCUGUACAGAUUCAAGCAUAAGUGUCCUUAUAGUAAUCCUUUAAUCAAAACUAUGCUGUUGGUACUGUGUGACUCUGUGUCACUGUGCUGUAUGUCAGUAUUGAUUGUACCAUUGACAAUUGUCUUUUAUAUUUAGUGUUUGUUUAACGUUGAUAGGCAAAGAAGGGACCAUGAGAGUUUCCCAAAAAUGACUUGAUGAUUUUAUUAUUUGUUCCAUCCAAGAAUCACAGUCAGUGACCAGUGGUUCGACUGUUUGAUUUGAUAGUUACUUCAUUAUUAUUUCUAGAGCAAUACGCUGAUGGUGAGUUAAAGGUAUCCUGUGGAGUUUUUGAACACUAGUAGCACUGUGGAGCCAUGUUUUUAGGAUUGUGUCCUCAUUUUGUUUGAAUCUUGCAGGGGGCAAGGCCUCCCCUGGAAUCUGAUUGGCCCCCCCUGUCCGAGUAAGAAGGUGAUAGGUACCCAACUGGCUUGUUAGUCUCAAAACCUCUGUAGGAAGUGACUGCAAGUAACACUUCAUACAGAGAGAAGCAAAGCGACUACAAAGACAUGCCAAAUGUCCACAAAGAGAUGCAAAACGACAACAAAGAUAUGCAAAAAUGACUGCAAAAAGAUGCAGACUGUCUACACAGACGCAAAACAACUACAAAGACACAGAACAACCACAACGAGUUGCAAAAUGACUACAAAGGUACUCAUAACAACUAUAGAGAUGCAAACGACUACACAAAACACACAAAACAAGUACAGAAAGAUGCAAAACGACUACAAAAACACACAAAACAAGUACAGAAAGACGCAAAACAACCAUAACAAAAUGCAAAACAACUACAAAGACACAAAACGACUACAAAGACUACUCUUUAAAACCAAUCUUGUUGUGUCUCAACAUGUUGUGCCUCUUUCAGUCAGUAGGGCUGGGUUGGGGUCUUUAAAUGUCUGUUUCCAAGCGCCCAUUGUGUGCUUAUCUGUCCAUGGCUGUAGGUGUCACAGCACAUGUAGGUGACGUGAUACACAUUCUUUUGCAGAUGCUUUCAUGCUAUUUCACUGAUUGACAUGUGGUGCCAGUAAAGUGCAAAGCAGCGGGCGAUGUGCCUGCAAAAGCAGCGAAGAAGCAGACCACAAGCUAGCAAAUAUGGAUGUAAACAUUGCAAAAUGUAUAGUAUACAAACAAUCAGCUUUGCAAAUGUUUAUUGAGAAAGGCAAUUUGAUUCAAGACGUUUGCAUUUUGGUGUUUAAUUUGUUUACAAGAAAUCUCCACAGGGUACCUUUAAACAACAAAGACAAUGUAGUUAAUAAGUACUGGUCUUCCUAUUUAUUAGUUGGAUCGGUUUACAGCCCCGAUUACAGAUGUCUUCUGCAUGCAUAUGGAUGGAAAUAUUAUGAACAAAGCAAUUAAUUCUAAUUUUCAGAGAACUCUCUUUAGUGUUUUCCUCACACAUUGAGAAGGCUGUUUGCUGCCAUUUGAAUACAGGAAAGUGAUUAUACCAUCAAAUAGACUGUAUCAACUGUAAUCACUGAGUUUGGGUACAUGUUUUAACCGGGGUAACGCAUUGUAAAUAACUGUGCUAAUAAGCCUAUAAUACAUUAACAGUGAAUUCAUCAGGCCUAUUCUACUGUAGGACAUAUUUUCUACAUAAAAGUAGAGAAAAAUGUUGACCAUUUAAAAUCUAAAGGAGUAUUUAAAAGUCCCUAAAACACAGUGAAAGCUCUGCGCUGCUGGUCCUCCAGAAGGUUAGGCCUCCUAAACUCCAUAUCCUCAGGACGUUUUCCAUCAAUAUUUGGAGCGCAGUUCACCGGUCAAAAACUAUAUUAAACUAAAACUAUAUUGUGUCUGAAAGGCAUGUUAAAAAUGUGUCACAGUGUCACAAAACUUAAGUUGGGAACACAAUUUCCAGUCAUCUCCAGCAUCAUUUAUUUUAUAUUAUCAGUUAUUAAAAAUAGACGUCUAUAAAUAGAUCAAACUGUAGGAGAAAAAACAUCCAAGGUUCCCUAGUUACAGAAGACAUUUAUUUGAUCUCUACUACUUACAGUUUAUCACAGCAGCUUCAUUAGGUCCACACUUUGAUCCAUCACGUUGGCCAUUUGACAGUUGACUCAGU